UUAAUAAAUCACGUGACGCUAAGCUCGUUAUGCUGCGUGCUUGGCAUUGUGGGUAACGUCAUCAACAUUCGGGUGUUUGUGAAACAAGGGCUGGCCAAAUCCAUCAACACCAGUUUCUUCGCCAUGGCCGUCUCGGACAUCCUGGAGUUGUUGACCCAGCUCGUGCACAACUUGUGUUUGAAUCCUUACCUGGUCCUUCUGGACCCAAACGUCAACUUCGUCGACAUUCAGUACCUGUUCGCUGGAUGCCAGAGUAUCAUUUUCGUGAGAAUCACCGGCUGGAUCACCGCGUACGUCACAGCGGAGAGAUGUCUGUCCAUCGCAGUGCCGCUGAAGAUCAAAGAGAUCGUGACUCCGGGACGCACGGCGGCCAUCUUGGUCUUCAUCUACGCCUUCAACAUCGCGACGGCCAUACCCCUCUAUUUCUGGGCUUACAUCGCUUGGAAUUUUUACCCCGAGCAGAACAGAACAAAGCUCGGAUUAACCUUCAGGAAUAACAAACUGGAAAUCGGAGUUCUGAACUCAAACCUCCACAGCUCUCUGAUAACCACCGCCUUCCUGUUGGUCGUCCUGUUCACGAGUAUUCUUGUGUAUGCGUUGAGGAAACAAUCGAAAUGGCGCCGAAAGACAGCUUCAAAAGCCGUGAAGACGGAGGCGCUGUCGUCCAGACACAGGAAGACCGUCGUGAUGGUGGUCGUCGUCGCCGCCGUUCUGAUCGUCUGCUACACCCCUGCGAUCACGUGCUCCGUCGCGACGGCAAUCACCGACGACUUCAGCUUCGCCGGCAAGCAGGCCAACGUGUACCACGCCGCCUGGUCCUUUGCAUUUCUGCUCCACUCCGUCAACUCGAGCAUCACCAUUCUCUUGUACUACAAGACGAGCACGAGGUUCAGGCAAUCUCUACAGGAAAUGUUUGGUGGACAAAAAACUAAAUCCUAA